AUGCCGGUAUGUUGUAUAGAGACUGUAAUGGCUAUACGUCGUAGAGAGGCUAAAAAGGAUUUAAGUCCUGUAAAGGUACUUCAUCUUUCUCUCCUGGUGGCGUGUGCCUUCGCCGAUUAUACAAAGGGUCUUUCUGGAAAGUUCCCUAAGCUAGAGGAUAUCAAUGCAGAAGCCAAGGUGCCUGAAGCCAGAUUCCUCUAUGGAAUUCCUGAACCAAAGAGUGAAGAACUUCUUGGCCUUGGAUUAGGUGAUGUGAAGACUAUUUAUGGCACUGAUGGUUCACUCGAGAAAACUUUCAGCCUUCCAGGAGAACACGCAAUCACCGCUGAAGUUGGAAAGGAUGGAGGAUUUCGAUAUGGAUACACCACAGAGGAACACGGUGAAAUAGGAGGACUCGAUGGUGCCUCUGGCUUUAACCUUGGUGAAGGUUAUGGCAUAAGUGAGAAGAGCCACGGACAUGGAUAUGGCCACGGAGGUGGUGGAGGUGGAUAUGGACAUGGAGGCGGACACGGACAUGGAGGAGGAAACGGACAUGGUCAAGGGCAUGGGCAUGGACACGGACAUGGACAUGGACAAGGACACGGGCAAGGACAUGGUACUCGAUUUUCACCUUUGUGA